AGCAACUCCUCAAGCACAUUCGAACGAUUUAUUCUGUUCUCCCACAACUCUAACCAUGGCCAGCUUCGGCGAGAAAGCCAUCCUGGCGAAGAAGCUCAAGGGCCAGAGGCUGGUCAUCCCAGACAUGCGCCCCAUCUUCGCACAUUGGCCCCGGGGGCUCCACGAAAACUACCAAGUGGUUAAAGACGUCCUUGACAAGCAAUUCGCUGCGGAAGACAUGCCCGAGAAUGUCCGUACCGGGUUGAAAAAUCUGGAUCCUACGAUGGUUGCCGCAUCAUGGUGGCCGGGCGCGACGGCGGAUCGGUUCCGCGUCCUGGCGGACGUGAUCACCUGGUUCAUCAACUGGGACGACUUCAUCGAGGACCUCGCGGCCGACCCGGCUGCCGCCGAAGAGGCCCGCACCUCGACGAAGGCCGUCGUGCGCCAGGCGUUAGGCCUGGGACGCAAGGACGAGCCCGAGGUUCACACUGCCAAUCGCAUCAUAUCCAGCUUCCAGGAGGUCGCGGCCCAUAUCUGCGCCGCGUACGACCAGGAGCAACGAGAGACACUCCUCGAGCAUUUCGUCAAAUAUAUCGAUGCGACUCAGCUCGAGGCGGAGGCAGACCGAAGCGAGAGCCUCCCCACCUUGAAGCGAUACUGGGAGGUGAGGGUGUUGACGAGCGGCAUGGGCCCGAUGCUCGGCCUCACCGAGUACGCCGAGAGCGUCAAGCUGCCAUCUCGCGUGGUCCAUUCGGAGGCGUACAAGAGCCUGUGCGUGACGACGAUCGUGAUCAACUCGAUCGUCAACGACUUGGUGUCCUUCAAGAAGGAGAUGAAAGCCGGGAGCGUGCUCAGCUCCGUAGCGAUCCUCUACCAGCAGGUCAACAGCCUUGACGCGGCAGUCCAGAUGUCGCUGGCCCACCUCCGCCAGCUCCUCGACGACUUCGACCACACCGCCGAAAGCAUCCUGUCCAGCCCUACCCUCGACGCGGCCGACGUCGGUCCCGUCUCGAAGGCCAUCAAUUCCCUGAGGCUCAUGAACGCGGGGAAUGUCGAAUGGAGCUUGACUGUAAAGCGCUACGACGUGGCCCGGUUCAUCCAAAGCGAUGGGCGGAUCGAGCUGGUUCUGUGAUUUUCGCUCGAUUUAGGUACUAUCUAUGCCGUCGCGCUCGACACGUGGCGAUGCCUAUAUAAGCACGGAAGAUGACUGAUGGGCUCAAUUGUAAGAUUUGAGCCGGGAACACACACUCCUUAAGCGGCAGUCCGCGGCCAGCGCAGUUCAGUUGCUGCAAAUUCUGCUUGUACUUUCUCUAGCCGGUAUACGAAGCGCGCGAUAUACACGCAGAAUCAGAUAUAUCACUAGAAUAGAUGGGACUAUAGGUAAUAAUACGUCCAGUAUAG